ACAAAAGAAAGUUAAAAACCAAUACCAAGUUAAAACUUCAGAAAAUCAUAGCAAUAGUGGUGGCGAAUUUAAUAAUGCUAAAGAUAGUGAUAGAGAAAUAAGCAUUUUAAGAGUUGAAAAAACAAACAAUAUUAUUACAAAAUUAAUGCAAGCAAUUCUAGAAAAGAAAGCUGCCGUUGGAACACCCAAGCUAGAAUUAUUUUGGUCACCAACAAUAAAUGUAUAUACAAAUCUGAAUAAUAUUGAUUCAGAUAGUAAUUCUGAAAUUAUUGAAGAUGGAUUUGAAGUUGAAACUGCUAAAGGUCAUAGCAUUAUAUUCUUUAAGAAGUUGGGUGAUACUAUUAAAAGAUUGGAAAAUGAAAUUAAAAGUAAUAAGCAUAGUGAGAUGGAAAAAGCAUACUUUUAUACAACAACAAUUUAUAUUAAAAAUGGUGCAUUUCCAAUUUUAAGACAAGAUAAAAAUAUGAAAGAAGAAACCCGACCAGUAUUUAAUAAUAUUGUAAUUUUGGAGCGGUCAGUUCAUAUAAUUGAAUUUCUUACUGAUAUUGGUGGAUAUUUAGUACUGUAUGAAAAAGACAAGGCUGCUUUUCCUAACCUCCUAUCAGAAGCAUAUAUUAUAA